AUGUUGGGCUCUGGGCCGACUCCCCAUCAGCCCAUGGAAAGCAUAGCGAAACCUGCUGCUGACCAAAAGCCGACCCCAACUUCGCCCCAACUCCAGCAACCCCUCUCAAGAACUACCAGUGGCCCAUCUAUGUCUUCGAGCUCAGGCCACCCGUCGGGAUCAACAACACAAUCCUUCAAUCUUCCUCCUCCGCCAGCCAUCCAGACCGUGAUAGGGCCAAACGGGACGGUGAUGCAGAUAGUUCACCCUCAACCAGAUGAUGCCCCUCGAAAUUCCAAUGACCACCAGUCUUCACCGACGACCUCCGCCCGGACGAAGCGCAGUAAAGGCAAGAAGACCCUCAACAGGAAACUGCCGAGCAAGCCGAGCCCAGCCAAAGCUCUCCAAAUUUGGUCUCCAAAGAAAGAUCGAAAACCCAAGUCAAAGGCUAGAAUGGGGGUCCUCACCUUGAAAGAAAUUAACGCUUGGACGAGCGCCGCUCAGGCUCCGAAUGAGAACGUUGAGGAAGCUUUGACAGCUAGCCCUUUGGAGGAGCUUACCUCGGUGAAAUCGCUGACGGAAGGGGCGCACAACCCCACGCUAUAA